CAGAGCGGAUUCGACCGCCAAGUAAGUUACGGUUUGCUAUGUCACGGUAAAGAAGUUUGAAACCACUUUAUUUAUAGAAAACUGGAUAGGUCUGGGCACAGAUAUAUACACCGCUGGACAAAUGAUAUGCAAUUAAAGCCUUUCGCGUGUUUCGAAGGCAGCUUCUGGUUAUUUUUGAGCCGCUGUUAUUACUGUAUAGCUAACGUUACACAGUGAAGCCAGAAGCCUCAUGUUUUCGUCGAGCCAAGAGGAGCACUGCGCCCCGUCUAAAGACCCAGUGAAAUACGGGGAACUGGUGGUGCUCGGGUACAAUGGCUCUCUGCCCAACGGAGAUAGGGGUAGAAGGAAAAGCAGGUUUGCGCUAUACAGGAGGACCAAAGCCAAUGGCGUCAAACCAAGCACUGUGCAUAUCCUCAACACACCACAGGCAAGCAAGGCUGUGAACUGUAAGGGCCAACACAGCAUAUCCUACACACUGUCCCGGAACCAGACAGUAGUGGUGGAGUACUGCCAUGAUAAAGACACAGACAUGUUUCAGAUUGGGCGGUCCACUGAGAGUCCCAUAGACUUUGUGGUGACGGACACUAUAGCAGGAGGCCAGGACGGAGAGGAGACUCCCAUCACACAGAGUACCAUCUCCCGUUUCGCCUGCAGAGUCGUCUGUGAGCGCACCCCGCCCUUCACUGCUCGCAUCUACGCAGCUGGUUUCGACUCUUCCAAAAACAUCUUCCUUGGGGAAAAAGCUGCUAAAUGGAAGAACCCUGAUGGUCACAUGGACGGACUUACAACUAAUGGUGUGCUGGUAAUGCAUCCUAGAGGUGGCUUCACGGAAGAGUCAAAGCCUGGUGUCUGGAGAGAGAUCUCUGUAUGUGGGGAUGUUUACACACUGAGAGAGACGCGCUCAGCACAGUGCCCCGGAAAACUGGUUGAGAAUGAGAAUAACAUACUGCUGGAUGGCUCACUGGUGGAUCUAUGCGGAGCCACUUUGCUGUGGCGCACUGCUGAAGGCCUCUUCCACACUCCCACCCAAAAGCAUCUGGAGGCUCUCAGACAGGAGAUAAACGCAGCACGGCCUCAGUGCCCUGUAGGUCUCAACACCCUCGCCUUCCCCAGCAUGCAACGCAGCCGUGCCCUUUCUUCUCUGGAGGACAAGCAGCCUUGGGUCUACCUGGCCUGCGGUCAUGUGCAUGGCUACCACAACUGGGGCCACCGCUCAGAGCAGGAGGCCAACGCCCAGCGAGAGUGUCCCAUGUGUCGGGUGGUCGGGCCAUAUGUGCCGCUGUGGCUGGGUUGUGAGGCGGCCUUUUACGUGGACACCGGAGCACCCACACACGCCUUUGUGCCAUGUGGACACGUGUGUUCGGAAAAGUCGGUCAAGUACUGGGCGGAGAUCCCCCUGCCCCACGGCACCCACGCCUUCCACGCUGCCUGCCCUUUCUGUGCCACGCAGCUCAGUCUGACUCAGGGCUGUUCCAAGUUGAUCUUCCAAGGCCCGGUGGACUGAGCUGAAGGGUCUCGCUCCAGCAGAUCAGACAGGAAUGCCAACACGCUGUGAAACUGUUUGGAUUAUUUUGUGAUUUAUUUUGUUCAUGUGAGUCAGCUGUGGACAGGAGCAAGUUCUGUUCAUAUACUGUGGAUUCUGCACAACAGGGAGACAUUACAGGUUGUUCAGGGCCAAUUGUGGCUGUUUGAUGGCCUCUGUGGGCUACAGAGAUGUUGGACACACAGGACCAAAGAAACCUGGCUCCUCUGGAAUGAAAUACUAUUUUAUUCUGUUUUGCCACCCUACUGCUUUUAACAAGGCUGCAGCACUGGGAUGUUCUGAACUACAAUGGCUGCUUGGUUUGCAUCACAACUCUGCAGAAAAGGAAUUCAUUGUUUGUUCCCCUGAAUCAGACGGAAACAGAAAACAUUGAGCCGGUUUUGUUGGUUCUGUUCGGAAUGAAAAGGGGACGGAGGGUUUGUUGUUGAAAUACUGGUUGGCCUGAGUCUUUGCAGAGCCAGACAGCUGGACUGUUGGCUGGGAGAAAGGACAGGAGAAAGUCGGGGUCAAAGUGUUCCCCCUUCACCCUCCCACUGUGAAACCCUGAUAACUCCUGGUUUGUGCAGCUCUCUGGUUUUGGCUUCAAUUUUUUGAACAAACUCUGAGGAGGGUCAAAGACUUAUUGUGUAUAGAGAUACGAAGAGAUAUUAUCCAGUGCCUCAAAUCCCAUUAAACUGUGGGAGUGUUUCCUUGAAUGAGUAAAGAUAUUUUGAAAGGCAAAGGGAGAGAUAGUUUUGCAUCCUUAAGACAUCCCACACAGAUUCUUCUUCACAUUUUUUACCCAACAGAAGACAUAUUUUACUACAGUGAGGCCCUUGUACUGUUUUGUAAUGCAAAUGUUAAUAUAUUUUUCUCCUGAAAACACAAUAUGUAAGGAUGUUUAGGAGUGUGUGCAUUAUUGUAUGAUUGUGUGUGUGUAUGUGUGUGGGGUGGAUUUUGUUGGUGCCCUCAGGCUUUGUUAAAAUUGCCCUGCAUCAUUUCACCCUCAACACCUUUUUAUGAUCGCGCCACCCACCAAAAAGAAACGGCUACCAGGGAGAACACAGAAAUCAAAGCGACCUUGUAGGGUUUGACAGUGAAUGUGCUGAUACACAUUGGCUCUCCUUACUGGUGGUGCUUCAGUUAUACAACUUUCUUUCUAAAUGGCUGUGCUGUUAAAGAUUUGAGAUAGAACACUUUGGAAACUGUGUUAUGAGUCAACCGCACCUGCGUGCUAGUUCAGAGGCUAGCUGUGUCCCUUCCCCACACACAUGUACUGUUUUAAAUCUGCACUGCUGUUAGCUUUAUCCCACGCUAGGUCUGAUCCAAUGAUUUCUCCGCUGUCAGACCUGGGCACAGUCUCACAAGCAUCCAGAGAUUAUACCAAAUAUAAGGAGGGAGCAGUUUUCUCUCCACACAAGAGAUGUAAGGUCCACUUUUUCCGAUCCAAAGUGUUUCUGUAAACAAUCCUAAACCCAAACUGCUGCUACGGUGGAAUGGUGACAGCUCUGGAUUACGGACGAGGCUGAUUGCAACCAGCAGCAUGGGAAUAAUGACAUUUUUGCACACCAUGCCAAAUUUAGUAAAUUCUAUUGUGUGUGGAUGAGUCAAGUUGUCCAAAACAAAGCAGCAGAUGAACUGAAACUAAAGAAUCUGGGACGAAUCUGUGCAUUCUUCUGUGAUGUUAGCUUAGCAGGCUGUGCCCAUAUGUAAGGGGUAGUUGAAGGCAUUAAUCCUGCCACUAGCUUUUGAAAUAUAUUGAGCAUUAAAUUAUGGGAUGUUGAGGCUAUUGUUUUUAAGAUGUUCAAAUUUUCUUCAGGGUUGCAUUAAUAUUAUUACGUUUGAGGGGAAAGAUCACCUUGAUUUAAGGCUCCUCGACUGUCGGAGCAUUUUUCUGAUUCAGUUCCUUCCUAAGAGAAACAUACCUAGCAUUCUUACAGGCAUCAGCAGCAUUAUGCUUCACUCCAAGCACAGUGCAUUUCUGGAUGGCUUGUUUUCUUCAAGUUUUAUGUAACUGCCAAGCAGGGUCAAGUACUAAGCCACAUAAUGUACAGUAGCAUUCCUCCUAAACACUAUGAGCUCCAACACUGUGCCCGUUUGCUUUAGACCAUGUUCUGUAACAGCUGCGGAGUAGCUGCCUCAAACAUUCCUCCUCGGUAAACAUGGGUGGGGCCCUCAGUUCACCCAAGGGCUUGUUCUAUGAUUUUGUCUCUUACAGGCACUCUGUACACAAGCCAUAGAAUGCACUGAUGCUCCCAAUGUCUCCUUUGCAAAGAAUAAAAAUAUUUUUUAAAAAUAAACAA